AUGUCACAAACGUUGGAUGAGCCGACUGGAAAGUCACUGCACAAUAUUCUCAGAGCCUACUCUGUCCUUGUCUCACCGAAGACUCUGGCGUUUCCUUCCAAUUUGCCGUUCACGGUUGUUCACGACUUUAUCCUACACUCGAUCCUGCUCAGCCGUCACCUGCAACGAUAUCCACCUUCAAUCAAUUACCAGCUUCGGUUUUGGAAAUGGGUCAUCUAUAACUUGGAAGGCAUGAUAGGCGACCAAGACGUUGAAGUAGAUGAGCGCUUUUACGAACAUCAAAUAUCUCUACUCACGUCUACAGAGUAUUUGCCUCAGGAUGUGGCUCUCCCACCGCCGCCCUCGUUCGUCACGCACUACUGGCGUCCGAAACUCAUGGAUCCUCAGAAGAUCGAUCUGGCUAUAUCAGGCAUGGGCCUGACUGUCUUGCCCGACUAUAUAACCACGACGCUGCUAGAGUCCCGAACGACAAUUGAGAGUGGUACAACUGGCCUCCGAACGUGGCGGGCUAGCUUCGUCCUCGCGCAAUACUUGAUCGCACACCCUGAACUCGUGGCCGGGAGAAACAUCAUCGAAUUGGGAUCCGGCACCGGUUUCCUCGGGGCAAUCCUAGCAAGUUUACAGACACUGUUCCCGCCUUCUCCACAAAAUGAUUCGGACGGGCCUUCGCUAUGGCUCACCGACGUUAGUGAACAAGUACUGGAGCGUUGCUCUGAGAACAUUAAUCUUCCCUGCAAUAUUUCGUCGCGACAUCCAAGGAUAUCCAUACGACCGUUAGACUGGUUUGAUGUGCUCGAUCCCAGACUCGAGUUACCUAUCACAACCUUCCUGUCUGAAGCGAAUCCAGAACUCGUACUUGGAGCUGAUAUCGUAUACGACCCAGAUGUCGUCCCAGCCCUUCUCGGCACUAUAAAGCUCGCCCUUACUGUCAACCCUACAGACGACGAACAGCCGAACCAUAAGCAUGCCCUUCUAGCGCUGACAGUGCGUAACGAACAUACCACCCGGGCGUUCCUCGACGCAUUAGGUUCGCCGACGUCCGCUUGCUGA